UUACACAAAGUCAAAGUGAUAUUGAUCAAAUAGAUAUCGAACAAAUUAUUACUGAUGCUUACCAUGAAGCUGUUGAUAUGCUUGAUCGUUUAGAAAUAUUGAAUUUACUGAAAGAAAAACGCGCUCUUUGCUUAAACUUAUUAAGUGAAUAUAUGUUUAAACAGCUAAAUUCGAACUCAAAGAUGUAUGAUUACUCAUCUCAACUGAGCAAUAUAGAUGAUGAAGAAUUCGAAUUAGCAGAUGAUGAUGAUGAUGAUGAUGAUGAUGAUGAUGAUGAAAGAGCAGAUGAUCUCAGCAUGGAUGAUGGUAAUAAUGAUAGCACUUCUUCUAAUGAUGACCAUACUGAUGACGACGAACAAUAUGAUACUCGAAAUUUAAUAAAUACGACGAAAGAUGACUAUGUUGGAAUAAAAAUCUUCAAUGCUAUUCAGACCCACAUAGAACAUUCUUAUUUUGAAGUUACAAUCAAGGACCAUAUGAAAUAUAUGCAUAAACAAACUGCUUGUUGGUUAUUAACCGGCGAAAAAAGUAAAAUUUCAAACGAUCGACUGCUUCGAGUACAACAGACUAAUAAAAAAAGUGAUUUUUUUCUUCUUUAUGUACCAUUUUCUUGA